AAACACAUUCAUGUAUCCUAUUUCAGUUUCACUUUUACAAACGAAUCAGGAAAUAAAAGCAUCAUAUACGAUCUUACAAGCCCGUCAUGUGUAAUUAAAAGAGCACGGUAGUGUUCAAGAAAUCUGGGAGCAAAAAUAGUAGGGAAUCGAAGGUGAAAUGCUCAGUGAUUAUGGAAAACAGACUUGACGAGACUGCUGCAAACCAUUCGACCACUCUGACUAAUAAACAGCGCGGGAAUGAGGUCACAGUCCGACCCGCCACUUUAGAUAAUCUCUCAAUUCAUCAGCUGGCAGCCCAUGGAGAGAUUUCACAAGUGGAGACACAUCUAGACAAAGACGACUCUGCAUUAAACAGUCAAGAUGAGCGAGGUUUCACCCCAUUGAUGUGGGCCGCUGCAUUUGGAGAAAUAAUGAUGGUGGAGUUUCUCCUACAGAAGGGAGCCAAUCCGAAAACACUAGCUCGGGAACGAGAGAGUGCCCUGUCUUUAGCCAGUGCUGGGGGAUUUGCAGAUAUUGUUAAUGUUCUCCUAAAAUAUGAUGUUGACAUUGACUCCUAUGACUGGAAUGGUGGGACCCCUCUUCUUUAUGCAGUUCGUGGUAAUCACAUGAAAUGCGUUGAAGCUCUCUUAAGAUAUGGGGCAGAUAUUACGUUUGAGGCAGACUCUGGAUAUAGCCCUGUAGCUCUUGCUGUUGCUCUGGGUCACAAAAAAGUGCAAAAACUUCUUGAGGAACACAUUCUGAAACUGUUUCGUGGACCAGUUUCAGCAUUAGAGAGCACAUGAAGCACAGGACUGCUCUUUAAUAACCCUUGUUUUACCCUAAUCUUGAAUACUUUAUCACUGUAAAGAUCAGUUUUUAUACUUUUUAAAUAAAAAAUAACUUGUAAACAUGACACAAUCAGUGUUGACCUGAAAAAGCUUGUGAAUACAAUCAUAAACCAUCACAAGGGGUCAUUCAGAACCACUGUAGUACAAAAUAAAUUAGAUGUGAUGAUCAAAUGUAACGUCAUUAGGUGGGAAUAAAUUCCAUGUCCAGAGGUGAACACAAUCUCUCCAUAACCAAGCGAAAAAAGUUGGUUGACAUUCACUCCUCCUUCCUUUCAAUACUUUUCUCAAAACAUUACAAAACCUUUUCCCUCAGGAUAUCCAAAGUAUAAACCAUUAUUCUUCCCAAAAUGUCAGCAUUGUUUUCAAACACUGUUUUAAGCCUCUGCACCAAAGGGGCAUAUUGAAUGGGAAAACUGUGGGUGAAGAAUCAAGGAUUUGAUAAGCUUGGGAUAAAUGAAAGACAUGCACACUUUGGCUAUCGACCAGGAAUAAAGAGAAAGCAAAGUAGACCAUUGUAAUGAAAAUGCUCAUUGACUUUGAUAUUAUGUGUUAUGAUAAGAAUUCCAUAUUAAAGAAAAGAUUGCCGGUAGCGGAAAUUAGAUGAAUAUUUUCAACUUCAGCAGAAGCAUGUGAUAGGAUAUUUGUAGACAGUUGUUGUCCUCUGGAUAGAAAUCUAAAAUAUGUUUAAGAGCCUCUUCUUUGGCACCUCCUGUAGAAGAAUAUGAAGUAUUUAUUUAAAUGCUCUUAUUCACAUGAUAAGAAAUACAUUAUGUGUGUGUGAUUUAACCUGUUGUUUAAUGUGCAUAGAUGUACAAUUAUAAUAGAAUGCAACAGUGACAACCCACUUUGUAGGUGUCUUGGGUUCCUGAAGUAUUUUCCCCUAAUAUUUUUCUCCAAGGCAUUAAAAAAAUAAAUAAAAAUAAUCAGAAUUCUAAGAAUAGCCAUCCAGUCCAGAGAUCAAUCAUACCAUUGCA